UUGUCUUCUUUUUUGAGAGAGAGAGAGGGAGGGAGGGAGGGAGGGAGAGGGCCUCUUCUCGUCUCCAGAGCUUUCCGUAGUCAAAGCAGAAAGAGUUAAAGGCUCUGAGCCUUAUCAUGGCUGGCUGUCCAGAGGAACCCUAAUGGCAUCCAUCCCAUCCAUAUCCAUAUAUAUACAUAUAGCUACCCAUUUGCCCAUAACCCUUCGUCUUCUUCUUCUUCUUUCUAGCUACCAGUAUUGAUCUCCUCGUCUCUUUAUCUAUAUAUAUAUAUAUAUAUUCCAUGAGUCAACGUCAUUGAUUAAUUGCGUCCUCCUCCAUAGAUAUAUUCGCGCGCGCGCACACAUAUAUCACCAAGAAAAGAAAAUAUUGUAGUGGAUUUUGUACAAGAGAAUAGAUCUUCUGAGAGAAUAUAUAUCAUAUGAAGAUCCAGUGCGACGUUUGUGAGAAAGAGGAGGCGUCAGUGUUCUGCACCGCGGACGAAGCCGCUCUCUGCAACGCCUGCGACCAUCGCGUCCACCAUGCCAACAAGCUCGCCGGAAAGCACCCCCGCUUCUCUCUCCUCCCCCCCUCUUUCAAAGAUAAUUCCCCUCGCUGCGAUAUCUGCCAAGAGAGACGAGCAUUUCUGUUUUGCCAAGAAGAUAGAGCGAUUCUUUGCAGAGAAUGCGACGUUCAGAUUCACAAGGCCAAUGAACGAACUCAGAAACACAACCGAUUUCUUCUCACCGGUGUCAAGCUCUCCUCCUCCUCCUCCUCUUCUUCUACCCGGCCGGCUGCCUCGUCGUCCUCCAUUGCCGCCGGCGGUGAAGCUACCGCUACUAACAAUCUGUCGAAGAUCAAGAGAAGCGCUUGUUCGAACCCAGUGGUUUCAAACCCAUGUUCGACCCAAGAGCCAUUGCCUUCUGAAUCGGCAUCCACGCCGAGUGGGGUUGAUGAUCACUGUAUAAGCCAAGAAUGCUCCAUCUCAACCAGUAGCAUAUCGGAGUAUUUAAUGCAGACGUUGCCCGGGUGGAGCGUCGACGAUUUCCUCGAUCCGUCCUCGUCUUCCCAUGGUUUCUGUAAGACUUACGAUGAUGAACAGCGAAUUCCAGAUCAUGGGUUUGGAAGUGAUUUAGAUCCUUUGUUUGGAGAUUCGGCCAUUUGGGUACCUCAAUUUUCUCAUGUCCUGCAAUUCCUGUCCCAAAGUAAUGCAACCAAUGCACUGCUAAAGGGGUCUGAAGAAGCAGACAAUAUGAAGAAAACAGGUUGCAGGAGAGGAGGCAGUGAAGAAGAUGGUAGUUUUAGAGUCCCUCAGAUCAGCCAUAUUCCUCCAGAUAAAUGGAGUUUUUUAUGGUAGAUAUAUACAUGUAAUAUUAAUUAAUGUGUCUACUGUCUACCGGCUUGGCUUUAAUUUGGAUCGUAUCACUACUGAUUUUCUUUUUGUUUUAAUCUCCUAAUCUGUAAUAGUGAUCUCUUGCUCGCGUCGGGCGGCCCAGGCAUGCAGGAGGUGGGACCCACACCCCUUUAAUUUUAGUGGAAAUUAUAAAAAAUAAUCCCCAUAAAUACAAAAUUUGUUUUUAUCCCAUUUUUUACAAAAAAACGUUUUUAGCCCCUCCAAACAAAUAGUUACAAAAAAUAGCCACUUUACCACUUUGAACCAUAACUUUU